AUGGACCGUCAGUCGCAGCCGGGAGCGCCAAGAGCGUCUGACCAAACACGGGUGUACAUCGCUCCUGAGGUUUUUCAGCAAAGGGAAUAUGACGGCAAGAUCGCCGAUGUGUGGUCCUGUGGAAUGACGCUCUACGCCAUGCUAGUCGGUGCCUACCCCUUCCAGUGUCCUGACGACGAGCCUAUAAAUUUUAGGAAGAUAAUUCAGAGGAUACAGAGCGUGGAAUACUCUGUUCCAGAUGACCUGCACAUAUCGGCCGAGUGCCGGGACCUCAUCUCUAAGAUCUUUGUUGCUGACCCAGCGGCUAGAAUCACGGUUCCCGAGAUAAGAAACCAUCCAUGGUUCUUGAUGAAUCUCCCGGCUGAUGAUAGCACGAUGAGCACCGAGGAGGCAGAGCAGCCGGUGCAGAGCAUGGAUGAGAUCAUGCAGAUCCUAGCACUGGCAGAGGCACCUGGCGAUACUGGCGAUGACAUGGAAGAAUUUGUAGAUUCAGAUCCCUGUAUUGACAUCACCACAUGCUAGUACGCCUCAUAUAUAUUUUGGAACAAAUUGCAUAUGUUACAGGUAUCAAAACUCAAAACAUCAUAGCAGCAGGAAAACUACAUAUAUAGAUACAAUAACUCGACGGAAAGAUGGCCAGAAGGGGAUAAAUUUGAGGUUACCGCUAUUUGGGCUGCCCAUGCUUGAUAGCCCCCAAAUUGUUAGUCUUGUUACUCGUGAUGGUAUUCAUACAUUUCAAAAAUAUUUAGCUUAUUGGAUUAAUUAACCAUGUUGCUGGAGUAUCUGGCUAAUAUGAGAACUGGUAGGUUAUGUUGAACAAUGUUUAAUUUGUGAACCCUUUAAAUUACAGGGGGCCAGACAUAACUUUAUAUGGCUACUGCUAACAAGGGCACGUUUACCACAUAAAAAAAGCAUGGUAAACACUUCUAUUUAUUUACCCGAAUCACUAUAAAAAAAAUACCUUCUGCCAAAGGUUAGGGAAGGGUAAUCUCUGAUCAGGAGGAGGCAUGAGGAAAAGGACCGAGAGCUUUAGAGUGGUUGCGCGCCCUAUUUUUUGUACAUAAACGGUUAUAACUUCCGAAUUGAGUAUCUAAAUUACAAGUGUUUUCAUCAUUGUGUUCUCACAUUGAUAUCAUUAAACUAGAUACCGUCUUGCCUAUGUUACUGUGUGUGUAUUUCACAUGUUAAGUACUCAAGUUUUUUUUUCUUCGGAUACUCAAAGUUUUUUAUUUGCAAACAGUUGAGUUGUCAGAGCUGUUUGGACCAUUUCUAUUUCUGUUGUAAGACUUGAAACUUUGCAAUAAUUGAUAAGUGUAUGCAUUAAUCGAUGCAAACCAUGGCUAUAUCCAAAAAAGAGUAUGAUUAUAUAAUGCCUGGCGCAUCCCCAUGUAUCAAAUAUACCUAAAUAGUUCAUUCUAACUAUCUUAUUUAUCUUACCUUGCAGCCUAUCCACCUAUGCCACCUCUCAUUUAAAUGCGCAUUCAAGCCAUCCAUGUCAUCAAGCACAUGCAACUACAUGCGCACCCUCCGCAUUAUCAAGCGCCCAUGCAACCAUUCAACUUUCCAGUUUUUACCACAUGCAAGCCCUUCACAUCAUCAAAAAACA